GAAUUGAGCCAGGAGCUCUCAGUCAUUGAACGCCACAAUCAGUUACCUCACCUCACCGUAAUUUGACAAUUCCCUUUAUUUCUGUAGGGGUGCUUGGGUCUCAGUCAAGCAGUGCUUGCAUCUUUAAUUUUCUCUGGACCUUAUAGGUUUUUCUUUCUUUCUUUCUUUGCAAAAUGCGGCAGGAAACUUCGCUGGUGCUUCUGAGCACCGUUGCUGGCUUUAGCUUAGCUGGUGCUUCUUCGGUGCCGAGGGGCGUUGGACCUGAAUUCGCUAGGUUUUACGAGCCAAAGGACAGGUUCACCUGCAUCAAUCACCCCGCCAUUGUCCUCAAACCUUCUCAGGUGAAUGACAACUCCUGCGAUUGUCCCGAUGGAAGUGACGAGCCUGGAACGGCCGCUUGCGCCUACCUCGACCCUCUGUCACCCGAGCAGCCGCUGGCCAAGUCCCUCAGCGGUACCACCAAUACUUCCAAUGCUCUUCCCGGCUUCUGGUGCGAGAACAAGGGCCACGAGCCUGGCUUCGUCCCCUUCAUGUAUGUGAACGACGGAAUCUGCGACUACGAGCUCUGCUGUGACGGCUCGGAGGAGUACGCCCAUGUCAACGGCGUCAAGUGUGAGAACAGGUGCGACGCCAUCGGCAAGGAGCACCGCCGGAUCCUGGAGGAGCGCAAGGCCAGCAAGGAAAAGGCUGCCAAGAAGCGUCGGACGCUGGUGAAGGAGGCUAAGGAGCUCCGCCGCCAGGUCGAGGCACGCAUCACCAAGCUGAAGAGCGAGAUUGGUGAGCUUGAGACCAAGGAGGCCGAGCUACGAAAGAAAUUUGAGGAGGUCGAAAGGUCUGAGAAGGGCAAAAUCGUGAAGAGCGAGGGUGGCCAGGGCGGAAAGCUGGGCGUCCUUGUCGGGCUGGCCAAGACACGCAUUGCUGAGCUGCGGAACACGCUCUCCAAGGUCGUUGACCAGCGUGACGAUCUCGAGGAUAGAGUCCAGGAGCUGGAGAACAUCCUGCGGACUUUCAAGGAGGAGUACAACCCCAACUUCAACGACGAGGGUGUCAAGACAGCCGUCAAGGCCUGGGAGGACUAUGCUGCCAAGGACAACGCCGGCAAGCACAGCGACCUGUCCGAGGAUGAGAUCACCACCAUCCUCAAGGAAGACGGAUCGGACAAUGGUAUUGACUGGAAGGAGUUUCAAGAGGACGAGGGUACCGACACCGAUAUCAUCUACAGCUUCGAGGCCUACCUCCCUGAGCCUGUCAAGGACUUCAUCCACCAAAAGAUUGUUGCUUUCCGUGUCUGGAUGAUCGAGAACGGCCUCCUGGCCGACAGCCCCAGCCGCGGCGAGUCUCGCCUUGUUUCCGCCGCUCGCGAUGCCGCCGACGCCGCCACCAACGACCUGAACAGCAAGCGACAGAGCCUCACCUCCGAAGAGGAAGAGGUCGCCAAGGACUUUGGAAAGGAUGACGUCUUCCGCGCUCUCAAGGGCAAGUGCGUCAGCGUCGAGUCGGGUGAGUACGAGUACGAGCUGUGCUGGAUGGACCAGACGACGCAAAAGUCCAAGAAAGGCCACGGCAGCACCAACAUGGGCAACUUCAAGUCGAUCGAUGUCGCCGAUGCAGACGAGGAGGAGCGCAUCGACGGCAAAGGUCUCGGGCGUGGGAAGAGGACUGUCCUGCGCUUCGAGGACGGCCAGGGCUGCUGGAAUGGACCUAACAGGAGGACGGACGUCUGGCUUGCGUGCGCUGAGAAGGAUGAGCUCUGGCGUGUCGCGGAGGCUGAGAAGUGUGUCUACAAGAUGGAGGUUGGCACGCCUGCGGUAUGUGAGGAUGAUGCGCAGGGCACCAAGGCACCUGCCAAGGAUGAGUUAUAGAUAAAUGGCCAUUUUGAUGGCUCGUAGAGAUUUAUCAGCUUCUACGAUCAUAUCCGCAAAGUGGUCGUAGAUAUCAAUUUGCAUGUCCAGGUUCUAAAGCAUCGCCCACAUUAUGGAUGCAGAGGUUGUCCCGCUGGGCUGAGUGUUGUUAAUGGGU